GGGGUGUUGGUGUGGUUGAUGAGGAAGUCGUUCGGGGCACGCCCUUUGUUUGCCGGGAUCACCUCUCAUGUGGAGUUUACCAACGUCAAAUGCACUUCAUCCGACGUUAAGUUCGUUAAUUAUGAGGUCUGCCGUUUAAAGUCUGUGAACAGGACCUACAAAUAUGUUUCUGUAAAAUCGAGACUUUACAAGCUACCGAUUACCAAUGCCACAAUCAACAUUUCACUGUUCAAGCGACUAAAUGGCUAUAAACCAUUCCUCUACAAUGUUUCUGUGGAUGCUUGUAGAUUUUUGCAGAUUCAGAAAUCCAACCCUGUCGUGAAAUAUCUUUUUAAUUUGUUCCUCACUCACUCAAAUGUAAAAAAUCCAAGUUGUCCUUUCAGUCUUUCUUAUGUUACUGUGGAUAAGCUUACUACUAACUUUCUGAAUAAUCAGUUUUCGAAGGUUUUGCCAGUUCCUGAAGGCGACUACCUGUUUGUAUUCAAAUGGUUCUCCGAUAACAUUUAUCGUUCUUCGGUUAACGUUUAUUCAACAAUUUCUUGA